CGUGAAUUACAUAUUUGUCUGUGGCUGAACUGGGUUGGUUUUUAAUUUGCUGUGCUCCCAGUCUCAUUUGACAUUUCGGGGAGAUAUUGUAUCUUUUUUUUUGUCCUCACCUGUACUUCUAUUUUUUUUGCACCUUUUUUUCUGCUUUCAGAGGCUACUUGGCUCCUGCCCCACCCCCUCUACCUCCAUUUUUGGACACCACUUUGCAGGAAGAUUAAACCACACAAGCAAUCAAAGCCUUUGGAAGAAUGAGUAGCUACAAUAUUUCUCUGAGUGGGCCGGCCCCAUGGGGCUUCCGAUUGCAGGGAGGCAAGGACUUCAACAUGCCCCUGACCAUCUCCAGGAUCACCCCAGGGAGUAAGGCACAGCAGGGCAACCUGAUCCAGGGUGACAUCAUCGUGGCCAUCGACGGGGUCAGCACUGAAGGCAUGACCCACCUAGAGGCCCAGAACAAGAUCAAGUCUGCCAGCUUCAACCUGGCCCUCACCAUGCAGAAGUCAAAGCGCCCAUUUCCACUUUCCACAUCCACCCAAAGAAUGGAUUCUCCCAUGCAACAGAUCCCUCACCAGAAGGCUCAAACUACCAAAAUAAAUGGCGGCCUCUCGGCCUGCAAUACCUCCUCCGUGUCACUAGAGGCGUCUGGCGAGAAAAACUCCUACUCGGGGUCGCCCACCAAGAGGCAAACUCCAAGCCCUGGGGGCAAGACGACCCCCACAAAGAAGGCACAGUAUAACACUCCUAUUGGGCUGUACUCAGCUGAGACCCUGCAAGAGAUGGCUCAGCUCCAGGAGAGCCACAGAGGAAAGGCCUCUGCAGCAGGCCUCUCAGUGGGCCUAUAUGGCCAGGCUCCCCCCAUGCAAAAAGCCCCUCCCAUGUACCAGGGGCAAUCCAUGUACCAGGGGCUUUGUAUGCAGAAGGGACCUCCCAUGCAGCAGGGACCUUCCAUGUACCAGGGGCCUGCUAUGCAGCAGGGACCUCCCAUGUACCAAGGGCCUCCAAUGCACCAGGGACCACAUGUACCAGGGGCCCCCAUGCACCAGGCCCCGCCUAUGCAGCAACAUCCCAUGCAGCAGCCUCCUCCCAUGCAGCAAAACUCCAUCCAGAUCCCUGUGGGCCCUCCUCCACCCAAGGUGGUCAGCACAGCCUGCAUUGUGCCAGCUCCAGCCCCUGUUCCAACCCCAGCCACAGCCCCGGCCGCCCCUGAACCCCCCUCCAGCAGGCCACCCUGGAUCACAGACAACUCUUUUGCCAACAAGUUUGACCCCAGCAAGAGCACCAGCACCAGCAUGAAAGUGCCCGCUCUACCUCAGAGUGCCCCACCAGCACCGGCCUACAUCCCAAACCCUGGCUCCGCCCACGCCCCUCCCUCCUCCCCAAGCCCUGCCUAUAAUCCCAGCCCCGCCCCCUACAACCCCGCCCCUGCCCCCUUCCCUCCCAUUGCCCGGGGCGUAGCCCAAAGGGCGGAGCGCUUUGCUGCCAAUAGCAGCAGAGCACCCCUCUGUGGCGCUUGCAACAACAUGAUCCGGGGACCCUUCCUGGUGGCCUUGGGUCGCUCCUGGCACCCAGAAGAGUUCAACUGUCACUACUGCCACACAUCGCUGGCAGACUGCAGCUUUGUGGAGGAGCAGAACGCAGUGUACUGUGAGAACUGCUACGGAGAGUUCUUUGCCCCCACCUGUGCACGCUGCAACACCAAGAUCAUGGGGGAGGUGAUGCAUGCUCUGCGGCAGACAUGGCACACCACCUGCUUUGUGUGUGCUGCCUGUGGCAAUGCCUUUGGAAACAGCCUAUUCCACAUGGAGGAUGGGGAGCCUUACUGCGAGAAAGAUUACAUUUCACUUUUCAGCACCAAAUGCCAUGGCUGUGACUUCCCAGUAGAAGCGGGAGACAAGUUCAUUGAAGCACUGGGUCAUACCUGGCACGAUACCUGCUUUGUCUGUGCAGUGUGCCAUGUGAACCUGGAGGGCCAGCCCUUCUACUCCAAGAAAGACAAGCCCCUGUGCAAGAAGCACGCUCACGCCAUCAACGUGUAAAUGCUCCAUCUGCAGCCUUAUUGGGUGGUGGGCAGGUACUUACGUAGCUAUGCCCAAGCCUUGGCAAUGAGCCCUGUAGAGGGGGCAUUGUUCCCAGUGUAAAUGAUGAAAAACACAAGCUGAAGAUGAUAGCGGCAAGAUUGACCGUCAGUCGUGACAAAAUAUUAGUUAGGUUUGUGUUUAUUAAUUUCACUGACAAAUGAAUUCUAAUGUAUAUUUUAUAUCAGAUAAUUCUGAUGUAAACCCUUUGCUAUUCCACUGAGUUCCUAGAGGGCCUCAAUCCAGGGAGGUUGGAGCUACAGCCUACAGACACAUGCAGACUGAGUGGACUAGCAGGGUUCUUCAGUAAAUAAGAUGCCUUAUUUCACAGCAACACUGUGUGCUUUGUUUUGAAUGUAAAACCCCAAAUAGCGAAACACAAAUAGCUUGCAGUGAAUGUAGUAAGACCGUUUUAGGAUUGUAUACACUAGAUUUAACAUGAUAAUGCCUCACACUGUGAACUGUUACAGUAUAUCAUGACACAUGUAAGCCUACUAAUACUGUUGGAUUUCACAGAGCUAUUAUUAUACAUUAUAGUUUAGUAGGUGAUAUUUAUUGCAACUUUGACCGUUAUAUUAUUUAUUUACAUAGAAUCAAAUGAAAGCAUGGAUGUUUAUAUUGCUGAUAAAGCAAAACAAGUUAUUGCCUUUCGUUGACAGCUGCAUGAUACAGAGGUUCAUAGUAUUAUAUGAAGUACAUCACUCAAACUUUUUCAUCCUGGAUUCAUUUGAGAUCCAGUCAAAAAACAAUACAAAGAUAGCAAUAUGUUACAUUAUGAUACAGUAGUAACAUACAUCUUUAGGGAUACAGGUAGAAGAUGAGGAAACCUCUAUUUAUGGGGUAGGGAAGUUAGGAGUUUUGGAAUGUGUCUCAUAAACGUGGAAAUCGAGGAAGUACCCUGGAUCUUUUUACAGCAUGUAAGAGAGACGAGCACUGGCCUGGGGUCUUACAAAUACAUUUUACGCAGCAAAAGUCUAUGCAUCCUCUGUAUGAAGCGCUACAAUUAAACAAGAAUUUAUAGGAAAUAUCUGUCAAGGCCAAAAACAGCCAUUCACAAUCAUUUCGCUCUCACUAGCACACACCUUAAAGGUCAGUUGUGACCUUGUGCUUGUGUGCAGAUGCUUUACUUUGAGUUUAUUUUGUACAUCUGUGUAUUUUCUGUGUUUGUGUAUGUAUGCAUGCAAGAGUUUGUACAUGAUUGUCAGUGCAUGUCUACUGAGGCAACAUCAGUAUUAGUUACUGUAUGUAUUUGUGCCACUAGAAUAGCAAGGUUUAUUGUGAUUUGACAUAACUCUGAGAACACUAGACUAAGUACUUUUGAUAUGCGUAUGUAUGUAGAUCAACGAGUAAGGAAAGCAUAGUCAGUGCCAGUUCAGAAUAAACCUUACAUGGUACCAUUGAGCGAAACUUGAAUUGUUGCUAAAUAGUUGUUUAAGCAACUAUUUUUUUAAAAAAGUUCAGCAUAUCGAAACUAGUUAUAUAGUUUCCAACCACUAGAGUGCAACAGAGUGUUGAAACCAUGCUGGCUACUUGGUAUGCCUCACACGCUAGUCACUAUUUAUACAUUGUACACUCACUGUAUGUUCCCUUGGCCCCACCCCAGCAAACACUGCAAAGCCAUUUGUCACCCCUGUACACUGAUCAUACGCAACAGCUCAAUGUCAAUAUUUUUUACAGACCCCAUGUGUCAGCCAUAUACUGUAUUGACACUUCCUCCAUAAUCAGAUACAUAAUCUAUAUUGUGAAUUUUGCCAAGAGGAAGAGGACAUAAUGCUUAAUCAAGAUGGGUAGAACUGAAAGUUGAUGAUAAAAUGGCUGUGCAACCCAGUAAGGCCAUUUUUAGGCAAUGCGAUUUUGUGUUACCUGGUAUCCGAAAGACCUUGUCAUCAGCCCAAACUGUCAAUAUACAGUACCAGUGAAAAGUUUGGACACACCUACACAUUCAAGGGUUUUUCUUUAUUUUUACUAUUUUCUACAUUGUAGAAUAAUAGUGAAGACAUCACAACUAUGAAAUAACACAGUUGGAAUCAUGUAGUAACCAAAAAAAGUGUUAAACAAAUCCAAAUAUAUUUUAUAUUCUUCAAAAUAGCCACCCUUUGCCUUGAUGACAGCUUUGCACACUCUUGGCAUUAUAUCAACCAACUUCAAGAGGAAUGCUUUUCCAACAGUCUUGAAGGAGUUCCCACAUAUGCGGAGCACUUGUUGCCUCCUUUUCCUUAACUCUGCGGUCCAACUCAUCCCACACCACCUCAAUUGGGUUGAGGUCGGGUGAUUGUGGAGGCCAGGUCAUCAGAUGCAGCACUCCAUCACUCUCCUUCUUGGUCAAAUAGCCCAUACACAGCCUGCAGGUGUGUUUUGGGUCAUUGUCCUAAUGAAAAACAAAUGAUAGUCCCAUUAAGCGAAAACCAGAUGGGAUGGCGUAUCGCUGCAGAAUGCUGUGGUAGCCAUGCUGGUUAAGUGUGCCUUUAAUUCUAAAUAAAUAACAGACAGUGUCACCAGCAAAGCACCGCUACACCAUCAAACCUCCUCCUCCAUGCUUCACGGUGGGAACCACACAUGCGGAGAUCAUCCAUUCACCUACUCUGCAUCUCACAAAAACAUGGCGGUUGGAACCAAAAAUCUCAAAUUUGGACUCAUCAGACCAAAGGACAGAUUUCCACCGGUCUAAUGUCCAUUGCUUGUGUUUCUUGGCCCAGUCUCCUCUGAACAGUUGAUGUUGAGAUGUGUCUGUUACUUGACCUCAGUGAAGCAUUUAUUUGGACUGCAAUUUCUGAGGCUGGUAACUCUAAUGAACUUAUCCUCUACAGCAGAGGUAUCUCUGGGUCUUCCUUUCCUGUGGUGGUCCUUGUGAGAUCUAGUUUCAUCAUACCGCUUGAUGGUUUUUGCGAUUGCACUUGAAGAAAGUUCUUGACAUUUUCCGGAUUGACUGAGCUUAAUUUCUUAAAGUAAUGAUGGACUGUCGUUUCUCUUUGCUUAUUUGAGCUGUUCUUGCUAUAAUAUGGACUUGGUCUUUUACCAAAUAGGGCUAUCUUCUGUAUACCACCCCUACCUUGUCACAACAGAACUGAUUGGCUUAAACACAUUAAGAAGGAAAGAAAUUCCACAAAUUAACAAGGCACACCUGUUAAUUUAAAUGCAUUCCAGGUGACUAUCUCAUGAAGCUGGUUGAGAUAAUGCCAAGAGUGUGCAAAGUUGUCAUCAAGGCAAAGGGUAGCUACUUUGAAGAAUCUCAAAUAUAAAAUAUAUUUUGAUUUGUUUAACACUUUUGGUUACUACAUGAUUCCAUUGUGCUUUUUCAUAAUUUUGAUGUCUUCACUGUUAUUAUAAACGGGGUGGUUUGAGCCCUGAAUGCUGAUUGGCUGACAUCCGUGGUAUAUCAGACUGUAUACCACACACCCUCGUGCCAUAUUGCUGAAUUCUACAAUUUAGAAAAUAGUAAAAAAUAAAGAAAAACCAUUGAAUGAGUAGGUGUGUCCAAACUUUUGACUGAUACUGUAUGUGGUUCCAAUGCUCACUUCUGUAGUCAACAUUCGCAAUAACACUAUAAAACAAUAGUGUAUCACAUAUAUUACAGUUUUAUAUAAUUUCACAGUCCAUUCCCAAAUAUGACCAUAACUUCUCUCUGCUGUUAGUCAUUCAUUCCAUUUAGGUAAGAGGUCUCUCUGGUGCAUCUCUGCCCUCUGUAUAGAGAGACCAUAAGUAUCCUCAUCAUUCACUUCACUCUCAAUUCUUCCCUCCCUCCUGGCUAGUUCUCCCUAAACAAUCUAUGACACACAUGUUACUUUGCUAUGACACUCUAUUAAGAUGAUCCCUUUUAAUGUCAGUUUUCGUUUGCUGAGUGGUCUUUCUGAUUUUGGUUCACAUGUUAUUUCUGUAUUGCUGUAUAUUAAACACUUGUAAGGCUGCAGGAUGUAUAUCCAGUGUGUAAAAGGGAUUGCUUCUUCUUCCAUGUUCUGUGUUUUGAUGGGGGAAAGUAUUUUUCUAGAGUAGUAUUUUUCUUAAAAUAGACAUACUUGGAAUGAUAUAACAACCACUUGAAUCUGAUAAUUUAUUUACUUAUUUACAUUAAUUUGUUUUUGAAGCACUAACUGAAAUAUGGCCUUGAUCUUUGAGUAGUUGUAUGAUUUUAUUUUUGGGGGCUGGACUGUGUUGGAGGAAUAGGAUUGUCAUUUUUCUAUUGUAUAUUAUCAAUAACACAUUACCUUGUUUCAUAUCUUGCUGCAUUUGUACUUAGAACCCUAUCGUCUUUAUGAACAAGGUAUUUGUAUGUGGAACAUUGAUGUAUUUGGAGUGUAAACCCCCAUAUUUCAAAUGCCUGGCCUGCGAUAACACUAACUAUGCAUCAAAAUAGGAAAAUGUUUUAUGCAUUGCUUUUAGUGAACUGCAUUUGACUGCUAUCAGAACAGAAUUACAUGGAGAAAGGAUAUACAUUGAAGAUUUUAGAUUUGAACAGUAGUCUACUGUGACAUGGUAUAUAUAAUUGUAUGAGAUGAAUCUGUGCGUGUGUGUAUCAAUCUUGGGAAGGAAAUGGGCUUGAUUUCCUCUCUAUUGAGGACAUCCUGAAUGGACCGUGUUAGAAGGAUGGCCUUAAUUUAUGCAUGCUGUGUAUUGAAUACCAUGAUCUUAAUGUCCUGUAUAUUGUUCAGUAAAGACUACCAAUUACAAUUUUUUGUUUUACAACCACACGUUUGCCUGUAUUAUGGGAGUCAAUGUUGAAAGGCUGCUGGUAUCUCUAGGACAGGUUGAAUCUUUGAAAUUUGUCAAUAAACAUUUGAUUUCACAGCG